AAAAUAUAUUUUUAAAAAUAGGAUGCAUGGCUGCAAUCUUAAACACAGCUAGGAUCUCAGUAUCAAUGACACGUUCAAGGGAACUUAGAACUGAAAAGAGUAUAUAAAUAAAGCCAUUAAACGCCCCCCCCCGCGAGAUACAGCCCCCGAUAGGAAACUGAUGCAUUCACUUACUGAUCGGGAGAAAACAGUUUGCGCCUCCCCGAAGCUGCGUCCUCUUCGCUUCGUAUAACGCAUGGCUAAUCCAAGUUCAUCGUUGUUAGAUGAAGCUGUGCAGCAAAUAGCAGAACAACAACAUGCCCAAGCCUCUGAAAUAGAAAGCAACAAGGCUGUCCUUAUUAGGUUGCAGACUCAGCUUCAGGAUCUUGAGGCACAAAUGAAACUUGUUGUGGCAGACAGAAAGGCAACAGAAAGGCAAAUGUUUCAUCAAGAUGAAGCCAUAAUAAGUACAAAAGAUCACUGUGAAAAUCUGGAGGUUCAGAUCACAGCCUUGUAUGCUGAGAAUCUCAAGCUUGCAUUUGAUACGGAAACACUGCAAGAAGAGUAUAAACUGAUGCUUCAAAGAAACAGUGCCUACUAUGCAAAAAUGGCUGCUCACAGAGACCACUUUGUGGAGGCAGAAAACAAAUUGCCACUCAUGACUGAGCUCACGAAGAAAAGAGCUGCGGUCAAAGAGAUGAUUACAAACAAGGAGGAAUUAAUGUCUGUUCUUCAGAAUCCAGAAGUACCGGAUGAAAUCGUAUAUUUGGAAGCUGAAAUUAAUGCGUUGAAAGAAGCUAUCAGUGGAAAGGAAAAUGCACUUAGAGAGGAAAGAAAUGCGCAUGCUAGGCUUCGAAAAGAAAUUCAGGUGCAAAAUAAAAGAUAUGAAGCUAUACUAAAGCGUUUGCAUUGUCAAGUGAACAAAUUUCAGUCCAGCAAAAGACAGCGGCACUGUAACCUUCAGCAAAUGGAAGAAAAAGUAGCAGAACUAAGGAAUCUCCUCGAAGCAACUGAUUGAUAGACUAUAUGCUCAUUUUAAGGAUAUGGUCCGCUCUCUUUAUGUAACAAACCGUUAAGUUUGUC